ACCCGAAACAGCAGGUGUCGCCCUUAGUGAAUGUUUGACUUAGACUUGGCUGCAUAGCCACAGGUUUACCUCAUACGUACAUUUAGAGGCUUACAUUUACUUUAUUAAUUUAAAACCCAAACCAGUCGUCAUUAAUACACUGAUAGGGUUGGAUGUCUGUAUACCAAAACCAGACGCAUUUGAGUUUAACUUCAAUCUCUAAAACUAUAACUUUAUUGUAAAACUUCCGUACCGUAUUGAAUGAUGAUGAUAGCCUACACCUAAGGAUGCGGCAGAACGUUUGUAACUAAAUUGUUUUGUACUCUGAUGGAACGUUGAUGGAUCUAAAAUCACAACCUAGAGCGUGCCAAAUCUAUCGAUUGGUGCAACGCCUCGAUAUCUUUUUUUUAUCGGCACAGCUGCAAAUGUGACCUGAAUGCAGGGCAUGAUUCAACAAUGUAAUGAGACGAAAAACUCAUUCAAAACUGUCGUUUGUGGAGUCAGAGACGUACUUGUGUUUUGGCAGUGUUAGUCCUCGCCCCAGGAACAGCAAUCCUCGGAGAGCUGUCUACUCCGCCGAUACUGACAAUGAGUGGACAGUUUUAGAGGGGGGGUGGGGGGGGGAUCGGUUAUACGUUUCUCUGACGGAUUCUAGUGGUUGUAUGGGUGCAAACAUGGACAUUUAUUGUCAGGGAGAUAUGGAGCGAUAUGUGUUCGAGCUUUGGAUACUUUAGAGACCUUUUCGCCGGUGCAUCGGCGUUCGCCACCAUGCUUCAACUGUAAAUCUGUUGUUUGUGCGGAAGCCUCAACCUGAAUAAUUUUAAUGUUUCAGUUUGGUAGGAGGGGAGGUGGGUAGACAAGUGGGAAGGAAAACGCCGUGACGGUGUAGAUGUUGGAUUAACAAAACACUCAUCUUUCGGUAGGACAGUAAAUUGUACGUCUUUUAGUAAGUAGACGCGAAUUGUGCACUGCAGUAUUUCGCAUAUUUUCUCUGCAGCCAAUGAUUCAGAGAUCUAGCGCUGUGCCGUGCGCUUACUUGACUGCAUUUUGGGGCAAAAUAGACUGGCGGCGUUUUGCGGUUGGUGUGGCGGUGUGACAGCCUAUGGAGGAGAGAAAGUAUCUAUGAAAACCAUGCAUAUUUAGAACCUAUUUUAACAGAAUGAAGUGACUGGAAUUUAAUACAGCAUCAUUACGCUGUUUCCGGUUCCUAGCUGGUGUUUCCCUAUUGCAAAUUUAUUGGAAAAAAGCAGCGGAUCCCGAUGGCAUGGACACUUACGCAAGGUCUGCCGCGCUGCCGUGCUACUGGAGCCUAUUUGCGAUAUCUUUCUUCAACCCAGCUCCACCGCCAUCGCCCCGUAGCCCAGAGAGCCCUGCCGCAACGCGACCAGCGACCACCGAGCCAAAGCAGGCGGCAUGAGGCUUGACUCGGUACAUUUAUCCAUGCUGGUCAUCGGGGUCUCCUUCGCCUGCUACUCCCCGAGUUUGAAUUCCCUGCAGGACCAGGCUCACAAAUCCACCGUGGUGAUCGAGGGCAAGGUGCAGUCCGCGCCUCUGAACGUCUCAGCGGAGCCGUACAGUGUGAAUGUCAAAGUCCUGGACGUGUGGCCGCGAAACAGCGGGGGUCUGGAGCGGGAGCAGCUCGUCACCGUGGGGGAAUUUAGCUCGGAGACUCCGUGCGCCAAAGUGAAAAAGAACCACAAGUACAUUUUUUUCAUGGACCCGACCGACGAGCCCUUGGUUUUCAAGGCAUCGUUCGCACCCCUAGAUGCUAGUGGGAAGAAUCUAAAAAAUGAUGUUGGGAGGAUCUUAUGUGAGGACUGCGCGGCCCCGAAGCUGAAGCGCAUGAAGAGCCCCGUGUUCGUGGCGGAGGGGAAGAGACACACGCUGAAGUGCGAGGCCACGGGCAGCCCCACCAUCUCCUACACGUGGUACAAAGACGGCAGCGAGCUGAAGAAGAGCAAAGAGAUCAAGAUCAGGACUGGCAAGAGAAACUCCAGGGUCCAGAUCAACAAUGCCAAGCUCGAGGACUCUGGGAACUACACGUGUGUGGCAGAGAAUGAUUUUGGGAGGGAGAAUGGCACAAGCACCGUUCAUGUCCAAAGCAUUACUACCACAUUAUCUCCGGGCUCCGGCCAUGCCAGAAGCUGCAACGACACGGAGAAGACCUACUGUGUGAACGGCGGAGACUGUUACUUCAUACAUGGUAUAAAUAAGCUUUCAUGCAAGUGUCCAAAUGACUUUACUGGUGAUCGCUGUCAAACCUACGUUAUGGCCAGUUUCUACCAGUCUCUUGGGAUUGAGUUUAUGGAGGCCGAGGAGCUUUAUCAAAAGAGAGUCCUGACAAUCACCGGGAUCUGUGUGGCUCUGCUGGUAGUGGGCAUCGUCUGUGUGGUCGCCUACUGCAAAACCAAUCUGCCCCCCAGGAAACAGAAGAAGAAGAUGCACAAUCACCUGCGACAGAACAUGUGCGUGGAUCACCUCAACCGCAACCUGGCCAACGGACCCAAUCACCCUGGCCCCGGCCCCGAGGAGAUACCCAUGGUCGACUAUAUCUCCAAGAACAUCCCGGCCACGGAGCGCAUCAUCCAGCACGGAGCAGCGGUGUCGUUUCCUGGCAGCCGAGCGUCUUCCAGAUCCCACAACUCGUCCACUCAUGCCCAUUCCUCCACACAGAGAUACCAGCCUUACCUUAUCACACACAGCUGGUCACAGAGGCCUGCCUCCAUUCACCACCCCCCAUGGUUAUAUAUCAGACACGAGGAGCGAACAUGGAGCUUGGAGCGGACAGACAGCAUCAUGUCAGACUCUCCGGGCAUGAUGUCGUCCUCCGUGGGGACCAGUAAAUGCAGCAGUCCUGCGUGCAUGGAGGCGCGGGCCAGGCGGGCUGCACACUGUGGCUACUCAGAGCCCCACCGGGGCAGCCUGCAGUACGGAGACUCUUUUGACUCCUUGGGGGACUCUCCACACAGUGAAAGGUAUGUGUCCGCCCUCACCACGCCGGCCCACCUCUCGCCCGUGGACUUCCAUUACUCACUGCCCCCGCAGGUGCCUACCUUCCAGAUCACCUCCCCUAACGCCAACCACGCCAUGUCCCUGCCCCCCGCCGCGCACACUCCCUACCCGCUGGAGGACGACCAGAUGCUGCUGCGGCGCUACCAGGUGCCCCUGCACGACGCCCAGCGCCAGGACACCUACCGGCAGCAGCGGCGCACCUACCUGAACGACAGCAUGGGCAGCCUGCCGUCCAGCCCGUACCAGCUGGCCGAGGACGACGAUUACGAGACCACGCAGGAGUACCUCUCCUCUCUGGAGCAACCAAAGAGAAGCGUGGCUGGCGGCGGGGGAGGCAGCGGUGGAGGUCAUGGCGGUCAUGGGGGUCAUGGGGGUCAUGGCGGUCAUAGCGGUCAUGGCGGUCAUGGCGGUCAUGGCGGCAGCAGACGCUGGCGGAGAUCCAGACUGAAUGGCCACGUGUCGCCGCCCGGCUACGAGAUGCCGCGGGACAUCGGCUCGCGCAGCUGCCUGUCGGACAGCGAAUCGGAGGAGGAGGAGGGCGAGAGCACGCCCUUCCUCAGUAUGCAGAACAUGAACGCGGAGCCCUCCACCAUCUACAGACCGGCCGACAGUCGGACUUCACACACGUCAGGCCGGCACGGUGGUCGUGGGAACGCACAGACCAGACAGACACACUCGCGGUCCAAAGCAGACAAUGUGCCCCACUAAAGAGGAAAAAACCAACCUAUCAACAAGAAAUCAAUAUACUAUAGACCUGCACCUAUAAGAAAUAUUUUUAUUUUAUAUAACUGACAGAUAUUCUAAACAAAUGAAAUAUUUAUUUUCAUUUUAGCAAAAGUUGUCUACUAGUUAACAGCAAAGACUUUUUUAUAGGGAAAACUCUAUUUAUAUGUACACUUUGAUUUACAGCAUAAAAAAGACGUGCCAAUUUUUUCACAACUUAAAAAAUAGAGUAAUAUUGUGGUGCCUUUUGCUGUAUGCCGAUACCCGAGGGCCAGUGGAGUUUUUUGUAGCCUUUCUUAUAUGGACGCCUCAUUUUUUUAUACACAUUUAUUCUUUUCUUUUCUCUGUUUGGCCUCUGUCCUGUCCUUUCCUUUUCAGGUUCUGUUCUUUUUGGAGCAAACCCCCAUCUGAACUGUGACAUUGCCCCUAUUGUCAUCUUUCAUGCAAUAUAAAUCACUUAAACAUAAGGUGUAUGUUUACAUAAAUAUAAUUCACAUAAUUGUUUAUAUUAUUAUUAUUAUUAUUAUUAUUAUUAUUAUUAUUAUUAGCUUUUCAAACAGGAGUCCUGACAAAUGCAAAGAGGGACCUUUGACUUUUUCUGCAAACUGAAGGGCAGGGUGCAUGUGUGUGUUUCUUCAAAUGUCUUAUCCCGAACAAACCCAUGCUGUUCCGCUGGCCACCAGUGCGGGCCCUGGAGGGCACCAGGUGGCGCACUGACGUGGGUCACGGCGCGGAGCGAGAGGGAGCAUUGGUUCACGGAUGUGAGGAUGGUGCUGCUGCUAGUGCCAUGGGUUUGGCGUGCGGUCGGCCGAUGUGCAGUUUGAGCUGUCCUGUCCCGAUCUGCCCAACUCCCCCCCCCCCCCCCCCCCCCCCCCCCCAAAGACCAAGCUUCUGUCCUUCUACCUCAGAAGGAUUCGUUAAACUUUGUGGCUGUGGUUAAUUCAAGGCAAAGGAUGUUAUAUUUGUCAGAAGGCCAUGGUGUAACGGUAAUUCACAAAGCAAAAAACAAAAAAAAGAAUGCAUUCCAUCAACCACACCUCAUCUUUCAGUCAACACCAUAUCCUCUCAUGCUUCCAUUUCUUUUUCUGUGACUGACGUAGGGAAGCAAACUCAGUGUCUCAGGAGCUCUCUCCCAUACCAACACACAGACUGACAGACACGCACAGAUACAUGCCCAAAGAUUCACACACACACAGACAUACACCCUGCACGCUUCGAACCCUUUGGAAACAUUUCGUUUAUCUAACCCAGUGUCUCACGAAUAGAGCGUGUUCUCUUUACAUAAAACCUUGUCCCGUUCCCCUCAGAGAGUUCAAGGGAGACAGACACUAAAGACGAAGGAGAUUCAUUUACACAAUCAAGAGGACUCGACAAAUAACUUGAGGGGUCAAGAAAAGCCAGAAUAUGCUGCCUUUAUAUUUAGCCUUGUCAGAUGAUAAUGUCUAGAAAAACACUAGUGUGGUGUUUAUAAACUGUGAUUUCCUGACUUGGCUUUAUGUUUUGUCCAAAGUACACACCAAUUGACACAGUUCAUAUAUUAUUAUUAUUAUUAUUAUUAUUAUUAUUAUUUGCUUUUGCGUUGUGCAUUGAUUCAUGUUAUUUCAUUUAGGUUGUCUAAACUCCAAACAACCUCACCUAUACUUUCAUUGGUUGAUGAAAUGAACAAACUGACACAUCACUCCACUUCGUCUUUCACACAUUUUAUUGUCAGAUGGCCUCCAGCUAUGAGAGGGAAAAAAAAGCGUAAUGCCAUUAUCCAGCCUCCAGUGUGGAAAAAGAAAUAUGAAUAAAGAUGAACUAUUUCAUUGGAAAAA